CCCAACUCUCCGGAACGGCCCUCCUCCCUCCCACAAGCCCAUGCUUCGUCGAACCCUAUCUCUCGGCCUCGACUCUUCACUUUGCCAGUUCGCGCAGACCGGCGCUGCCAGUCAACAUGGCCGACGCGGCUGGAGCGCCGGAUGGCGCCUCGCCGGAACCAGGUGCCGCUGUCAGUUCUAAGACCCGGCCGGGUGACGAGGUAUAUCGAGGACUAAAGCGACCAGCCGAGGACGAUGUCGAUGACGAUAGCUACUGUCGCCGCGAAGCAGCCGAGAAUGGUCACCAAAACGGCUCAAAGCACCAAAGGACCGCGACCGAGCCACCGGGGAUGUCCAAAAACCAGCUACGCAAGCUGAGAAGACAGAAGCUCUGGGACGAGAGAAGGAAGGAGAAGAAGACCAUACGAAAGGAGAAACGCCACUUGAAGCAGGAACGCAAGCGACUGGAUAGGGAGGCCGAGAUUGCAGCCGCUACCGCCGAAGGGCGAGAGCCGAUAUUCUCGAUACAAUCCAGACGAAAAUCCAACUUCGUCGCGCAGGUUCCCGUAACCGUCAUCAUCGAUUGCCAAUUCGAGAAGUACAUGAUGGAGAAGGAAUUGACCUCGUUAGGCAACCAGGUCACGAGGUGCUAUUCCGAUAAUAGGAACGCCGAAUACCCCGUCCACGUCUUCGUCAGCUCCUACGGCGGGAAGAUGCGGGAGAGGCACGAGACCAUCCUUGAGAACCAACACAAACAAUGGAAACACAUGCACUUUGUCGAGGGCGACUUUCUGAGCGCCGCUGCCGAGGCCAAGAUCUUGAUGGAGGGUCCGACGGGCGGCACGGUAAUCGACCUGCUGGCCCCGAGCGAGGACGGCGAUGGCAUCUCCUUACCCCAGCCGAGCAGCGAUACCAAGAAGCAGAGGGCAGCCCCCGUACCCGAACCCGAGGCCGACGACGUGGACAAGUCCAUCGUUUACCUGACCGCCGACUCGCCGUACACCCUGGACCGCCUCGAGCCAAACACGUGCUACGUCAUCGGCGGCCUCAUCGACAAGAAUCGCGAGAAGGGCCUGUGCUACAAGAUAGCUCGUCAGAAGAAGGUGCGGACGGCGAAGCUCCCCAUCGGCGAGUUUAUGGUUAUGCAGAGCCGCCACGUCCUUGCGACGAACCACGUGAUGGAGAUCAUCCUCCGAUGGCUCGAGACCGGCGAUUGGGGCGCCGCCUUCAUGAAGGUGAUCCCGACGAGGAAAGGCGGCAAGUUGAAGGAAGACGAUAAUAACCCCGACGAAGCCGGGGAAGAGGCCGCACAAGUUCCACAGAAAGAUGAGCAGGACGUGUCUGAAGGUGGCGGAGUUGCGACGGCGGGCGAAAACAUCGAGACCGUCUCCUCAACAAUAGAUGACCGCGAGCCAGAACACUCCGGCGCCGUCGAAGUCGAGGGAAGUAAUGCUGAAGAAAGUCUCGAGAAGAAUGCGCUCGGCCAACAAAGAUGGUCAGCUCCACCACCCGAACCAGAAGACUUAAACUUGCCCGGCGGUGCUGCCGCUGAUUGAGAGCGAGAGUCAGUUGUAGAAUACGGAGACGCCGUCGUCACCGCCGAUUGAUCUAGGUAGAGGCGGGAAAGAUGGGCCCAAGGCUGAGCGAUAGACGAUUGCUACGGUAUGAUGCCUAGGACGCUUUGCCACACGAUC